CCUGAGGCCCCACAGCGCAGCCUAUGGGCCUAUGGCGGAGCGGCGCCUAUGGGCUGUGGCCCUCCCUGGGCCGCCAUUGUCGCGCCUGUCAAGCUUGUCUACGUGACUCGUUUGCUUCACCUCGCCGGCCGAACGAGACCACUGGGAAAUUCCCUGAUCCGAUCCCACGGUCCCCAAACAGUGCACCUGCCGGAGGUCCCAACCCAGCGGGAGAAGUGGACAUGAGGUUGGCAGGCCCCCUGCGCAUCGUGGCCCUAAUCAUCACUAUGGGUCUCACAUGGAUCCUAGUCACCAUCCUCCUGGGUGGUCCUGGUGGUGGCCUUCCUCGAAUUCAGCAGUUCUUCACCAGCCCAGAGAACUCAGUGACAGCAGAACCAAGGGCCAGGAAGUACAAGUGCGGCCUGCCCCAGCCAUGUCCUGAGGAGCACCUGGCCUUUCGCAUAGUCAGCGGGGCUGCCAAUGUCAUCGGGCCCAAGAUCUGCCUCGAGGACAAGAUGCUCAUGAGCAGCGUCAAGGACAAUGUGGGCCGUGGGCUGAACAUUGCCCUGGUGAAUGGGGUCAGUGGUGAGCUCCUGGAAGCCAGAGCCUUCGACAUGUGGGCUGGAGAUGUCAAUGAUCUCUUGAAGUUCAUCCGGCCAUUGCAUGAAGGUACUCUAGUGUUUGUGGCAUCCUAUGAUGAUCCAGCUACCAAGAUGAACGAAGAGACCAGGAAACUUUUCUCUGAACUGGGCAGCAGGAACGCCAAGGAGCUAGCCUUCCGUGACAGCUGGGUGUUUGUGGGAGCCAAAGGUGUACAAAACAAGAGCCCCUUUGAGCAGCAUGUGAAGAACAGUAAGCACACCAACAAAUAUGAGGGCUGGCCAGAGGCCCUGGAGAUGGAAGGCUGUAUCCCUCGAAGGAGCAUGGUGGGCUAGCACAGCAGAGCCCUGGGACCAGACUGAAGGAGGCAGCAUGGCACCAGUAUAGGGUGGAGGCCUUGCCCCAUGCCCAGGCAUGAGGCUCCCCCGCCCCAACACAUCAGGGCUCGAAAGUGACUUCAAGGUGAUGAGAGCUGCAGGGCUGGGCCAUUUCACUUUGUCACAGAGCUUAGGUAGCUGUGUCCUUGUUUUCCUAAAGCUGAUCCCACAGUCAGUUCCACCCAGCCCCUUCCUCUGCCUCUCCUGUGUCAUCUUCUAUUUCUUGAGUGCCCCCAGAGGCAAGGGUCUUCAGUGCUUGCUCCUUUCACUGGAGCAGCCAAUGGGUAGGUUAGGACAUCUUCCAGAACCUCUCCCUCCCAGAGUCACUGCCCUGCCAUCCAACCCUGUUUUCAGUGUGAUCCUUUUUAAGUAAGCCAUAUCAGAGUUUAAUCAGAUCAAACCUGAAUGGAGGACUGGCCUUUGGUGCCCAAGUAGCUGGAGUCCAAUCAAAGUUCCUCAUAAAGUAUAUGGUAAUAUGCAGAUUAUCAAAGAGCUCACCUUCUAAACGACCUGUUUGUUAAUAAAUUAAUCAAUUUCAGUGGAAUAAAAUGCAUUCAGAUGUU